AUGGCUACCACAAAGAAGCAUCGAAGCUCACGCCGAGCUAGACUGCAUCCCGAUGAAGAUGUUAUACCACUACAUGCAUUGCCGAAGGAGCUUCCACCGACAACAACAUUUCACCGUGAUGCAUUCCCCGUCAGCAUAAUGCUCGCCAUCGUCAAUCCGCGAAGUCUUCUGAUCAAGAGUUGCGAUCUAAGUCGCAGCCAGCGCACCGCGGUCGAAAAGCGCCCGACAUUGGUGUGCGAGACCAGUACGACCAUCUUCAUUUCAGUAGCACAAAGCUUCGACGACAUCCUGGAUCAGCUUGCGACACACGCGCAAACAUCAUUCGGCAUCAACCUUUCAGAUCGUUCGAGGUGGGGCUGCGUCAUGCUGGCGUGCUGUGAGGACACUUCUGAGAUGGUCGACAAGGAUAAUGCGGCGUUCUUCAUCUCUGCUGCUAGUCAAGGUGGUUGGGGCUGGAAGUUCUAUGUUGCUGAACUGGAGCGCAGUCCGAGAGGCAUAUGGGAAAGCAGGACCUCGAUCAGGGCGGCAUGA